UGAACCAUGACUGGCCGCGGCAAGGGAGGCAAGGGACUCGGAAAGGGAGGCGCCAAGCGUCACCGCAAGGUUCUUCGGGACAACAUCCAGGGCAUCACCAAGCCGGCCAUCCGUCGUCUGGCGCGCCGUGGCGGUGUGAAGCGCAUCUCCGGGCUCAUCUACGAAGAGACCCGUGGUGUGCUCAAGGUGUUCCUGGAGAACGUCAUCAGGGAUGCCGUCACCUACACUGAGCACGCCAAGCGCAAGACCGUCACCGCCAUGGACGUGGUGUACGCCCUCAAACGCCAGGGCCGCACCCUGUACGGCUUCGGUGGUUAAUGCCGCUGCCUGAGCGAGCCCGACCUAACCCACCCACCCCGGACCUCUUUGAGGUCCACAUUCUUAUUCACUAAGAGAAUAGUAGCACACAUUUUACUUCAGUUACAUUUCCUUUUUUUCUUUCUUUCUUUCUUUCUUUCUUUCUUUCUUUCUGUUUCCUCCCUCCCUCCCUCCCUCCCCCCUGCCUAAUGAUGGUUCACACCUCCGCCCACUGCUCCCCAUCCACCUCAUUUGACACUAGUUUGUUUGUUUCCUCAAUCCCACCUUUUCCCUCCCUCCCUCCCUCCCUCCCUCCUGCCUAAUGAUGGUUCACACCUCCGCCCACUGCUCCCCAUCCACCUCAUUUGCCACUAGGAAGCUCCAAUUUGUUUGUUUCAGUUCUUACAGAAACAUCAUUUUGCCAUAAUUUCCCCUGUCCCUGUCAAUUCUUUGUAAAAUCAGUAACAGGAUAUUUAUGAAAAGAGAGAGAGAGAGAGAGAGAGAGAGAGAGAGAGAGAGAGAGAGAGAGAGAGAGAGAGAGAGAGAGAGAGAGAGAGAAAACUAUAUUGGAAAAUAUAUAGACAAAACAAAGCGACGUCUGGACGGGAAGAGGAAAAGAAAGAGAGGAAGAAUGACAUAGAAAGGUUAAGAAAGAAAGAGAAAGAAAAAAAGGAGGAGAAAAAGAGAAAGAAAGCAAUAAUGAGAAAGACGGCAAAUAUAUAGACAGAGAGAAAGAAGCCUCCCCUUCUUGAUCCACUCCUUCUAUUGUCUCUUGGAAUGUGCAGGAGUGUAUAGGAAAGCAAGGGUAGGGUUAGAGGGUGAGGGACAGGCUCAGAGCGACCUUUGAAAGGGAAAGGCUGAGGAAGUGGGAAUCUCCCUCUCCCUCCUCCUCCUCCUCCUCCUCCUCCUCCUCCUCCUUCUUCUUCUUCUUCUUCUUCUUCUUCUUCUUCUUCUUCUUCUUCUUCUUCUUCUUCUUCUUCUUCUUCUUCUUCUUCUUCUUCUUCUUCUUCUUCUUGUUUCUCGUUGUCGUCCUCAUCAUAACGUUGCGCCCUCUCUUACUGGACCCGCUUUUUCAGAUACG